AUGGCCGAUUUAGAACACACCUGCCGGAUUUGUCGAGGCGAAGGCACGGCGUCGCAGCCUUUGUAUCACCCUUGCAAGUGUCGAGGCUCGAUCAAAUACAUCCAUCAGGGCUGUCUCCUUGAGUGGCUCAAGCAUUCCAACAAGUCCAACAAUGAGAAGUGCGACAUUUGCAACACGCCUUACCGUUUCAAGAUCAUUUACGACCCAAACAUGCCCAAUAGGAUCCCGUUGUCGUUGGUGUGGCAGAAGUUUGUUGAGAUUGUGUCGUCGACGUUGAUCCAAAGUCUCAGCGUGUCGCUAUACGUUGUAUGCAUCCUAUUCCAAGUGCCGAUUUUCUGGAAGUUCUGCGGCCGAGUCUACACUUGGGCCAUUGACGGCAGUUUACCUGUAAAUAACCCCCGUUUUCUCGAUGCAUUGUACUAUGGAGACUAUAACAUAAACCAGGCGCUACAAGCGAUGCAGAAUUUGACGCCCAUGCUGAGAUACUAUUUGGAGAUGAAGGUGUUGCUCAGUUACACCUAUGCCAGCGGGGUGCGGCAUUUGAUUGUGGCCUUGGUGAUUCACGUGGCGCUCUUUGUGGAGAGGGAAUGGGUGAUUCGCGAUGAAGGCUACUUGAAGUUGUUGUAUAGAAAGAUUGGCAGGGCCCCCAAGCAGAGGUUGUUGGAUGUGUUGCAUAAUAUUUUGGAGAGCUUGAAAGAACAGAAACGGAGGCUUGAGCAAGAGGACGCCGAGGCAAGAGGAGCUGAGGCGAUGCAGACCUUGCAGCGCUUGGACAACCUCACGAGAGCCAUUGAUGAUUUGCAGAAUGUGGGCAAUAAUGACCAAACUAAUAUGGAAAUUGAGGAGAACUUGAGAAGAGCUAUUAAUAGAGGCGAGAUAUUUAAUGAUAAUGUGGAGAGGAUCAUGGGUGGCGCGGACGAGGCACCCGACUACAACCAUCGUGCCGAGAACGAUGCCGAGAAUGAGAACGAUAAUGACAACGUGGAGGUCUUGCAAGAGGAUGAUUUUGUUCUUGCUGCUGCAAAUGGAGGUGGAGCCAAUAAUCGCAAUAUGCUUGAAGAUUUUGUUUUCGGAGAAGAAGACGAAGACGAAGACGGAGACGAAGAGGAAGACGAUGAUGAUGAUGGUUUUAUACGUGGGCAGGGGGUGUUAGAUGAUCAAGAUGGUGCCAAUGAUAACGAUGAUAAUGAUAAUAAUAAUGACAAUGACAACAACAACAACAACAACAACAACAACAACAACAACAACAACAAUAACAACAAUAACAACAACAAUAACAAUAACAAUCAAAAUGGUGCGUUUGGUGAGUUUUUGGAAAUUUUCGGAUUUGCGUUGAAUAUUAAAACACCGUUAUUUCUCAUGGUGCUAUGCGACUCCAUCAUUACUGCAUACUUGUUUUUAAUUUAUUUGGUACCGCACAUGUUGGGCAAUGUGUUUGUCUUUGUCACUGGCUGGCUCUUGCAAGUUGCAGCAAAUUUUGUGCCCAUGCCACAAAGAGUUUAUAAAGUUGCAAAGUUUUUGGAAAAUAAGGAUUUCACAAGCAUUGACACUGGUUACCAAUUUGUUGAUGCGUUUUAUUCCGCAAUUGUUGACGACUUGUUCCGCCCCUGCAUCAACAUCUUUCGCAACUUGCUUUCGAGAAAUACCCAGCAGUAUACCCUGUUGGAAAGAUCAAUUUCACUUGCAAUCGGCUACGGCCUUGUUUGCUUUGUUGUGUUUCGAAUCAUGACAUUCCUCUCCUCUGGAGCUAAACCGAUAACUGGGGCAUCACGAUAUGCAUACUCGGUUCUAUUCGAGUUCAAGUCCACGGCAAAAGUCUUUAUUGUGUUUUGGAUUGAAAUUUUCUUGUUCCCGCUUUAUUGUGGAUACUUGGUUGACUUUUGUUUGGCGGCCAUCACCAAUCAAAACCAGCUCUUGUUCACUACUUCGAAUGAGUUUACCCAGUUGCAAUGGGUGCGCACUUUGUUCCAUUGGGGUGCUGGAACCACUUAUAUGUUGAUCUUUGCCUUGUUCAUCGGCAUGGUUAGAGCGAAAAUCUUGCGUCCUGGUGUGUUGUUCUUUAUUAGAUCACCGGAUGACCAAAAUGCUCGCUUGAUACAUGACGCCUUGAUGAAACCCAUAAGCUUACAAUUGUCGCGCAUAUACCUCAGUGCAAAGGUCUACACUGCGUUUAUCUUGAUAGGAAUUGGCGGAGUAACGUGGGGCUUGAGGUAUUUGGUGGCAGGGGGAAAGAAGAAUGUUUUGUUGCCAAUGCAAUUUUUAGCAACACCCACGUUUAUCAUGCUUGGGACUUUUGGCACCGCCGUGGAGGCUCAGCCGGUUAUCACCAAGUAUGUACGUUUGUAUUGGACCAGGGCUUUUGAAAUCAGUGCUCAUAAACUAAGAUUGUCACAUUUCAUCCUCGGCAAGCCUAUUCUGCACGAGCGUGGAUACAUUGUCUAUCGCAAUCUUGUCCAAAAAUUGCUUGCUCUGUCGCAGCCUGACUUUACCCAGCCAGUUACUUUAAGGGAAGCACAAAAUAUCUUCAAAACAGAUCCAUCGGUGAUGGCAUGCUUCGUGCCUGAUGGUAGUUAUGUGAGAGCCCCAGAUAACGACACCGUGUCGAGAAAGUUUAUCAAAAAACUAUUUGUUCCGGUCACCAAGGACGACAAGUUGUUGCGCGGGGUUAAAGAGGAGGAUUUGAGGCGGACCGGAUACGAGACUCCCACGAGUGAAGAUGAAGGCGAGGCAACCACGGAUGACGCCUAUGUAAUUGUGUACCGCCCACCAAAUUUCAAGCGCCGCUGCUUUGCCUUGAUAUUGAUGCUUUGGGUGUUUGCCGUCAUUCUCAUCCUUGCCGUGGCCAUGAUUGGACUUUUACUUGGCCGCCCGAUAGUUCUUGGAGUUGUACAGAUUGCGGAGACAAUCAAACCGGGGAUUACGGGAUUGGGUGACAUGGACUGGAGACUAGCGGACCUGGCGAGCCUUUUGUGCGGUUUAUAUUUGGAGUUGCGCAUGCUUCUUGCCUUUGACAAACAAGCUGAAGCUGAAGUUGGACGUGAGCGUGCACAUGAACGUGAAGGUGCACACAACGAAGCAGCGGUGCAAGAACCUGAAAACAGAAACGUGUUGCGGCGUGCAUUGGAGAUGAAUGCGCAGAUGGUCGCGAGAAUGCCGUUUACGAUCCCGCUCUAUGUCAUUGCCGGCUUGUGGUCAGUAUGGAUUCUCGCUGUGCAUAAAUUAUUCCUCGAUGACGCCUUGAUUAGACUAGCGGGCAUUUCCAUUGCCGAUCUCGAUUUCAGGGCUUUGUUUACGCAUUUCGUUGCUUCUGGGUGGACGGUGUUGCCUGCGUUGCGAUUCAUGAUCAACAUCGCGGUGCGGAUCAGAGGCGUACAACCAAUAAAUCUCACCAUUAACCAAAUAUUGCAAAAGUCCGGCUUUUACCAAAUAUUGUUGAACUGCAUCUACCUUUUCGGGUACUCGACUGCGCUAAGAUUCGGUCUUCAAGUCGCGGGCAUCAUGCUGUUUAACAACCCGGAUGACUAUGUCAAGUUGAGAUUGGUGACUUUUCUCGUAUUCAUUGUCGUGCAGAGCUUGUCCCGCGGCUUUAAGUUUUAUUUCGUCUUGAAUGAUAAAGUGCGGAUGGAGAAAUUUGUCAAGGGCAGAGCUAUUGAGAAUGACGACAGUGAAGAUUAA